UUGCGGGAGCGAGCGCGUCCGGGAGCCCGCGUCUGGAGGAGCCCUGCGGGUUGGGAGACCCGCGUCCAGGAUUCUGAUCUGAAAUCUGUUCAAGAGAAGUUUAAGGGGAGAGGCACUUCAGGGUUUGCUCAUCAUCAUUUGAGAAUUUUGGAAAUACAAACUGUCCCUUUGUUGGAAAAUAUUUAUUGCAAGAUUCCAGGAUUGGAAAUAACAAUAGAAAGGUCCUGGACCAACUGCUCUGUGGCUUACAGGGUACCUUGGAGCACAAUGGAUUCUUUGGAUCAUAUGCUGACGGAUCCCCUGGAACUUGGUCCAUGUGGAGAUGGCCAUGGCACCCGCAUUAUGGAGGAUUGUAUGCUGGGAGGCACCAGGGUUAGCCUACCGGAGGACCUUCUGGAGGAUCCCGAGAUAUUCUUUGAUGUGGUCAGCCUCUCCACGUGGCAGGAAGUCUUGAGUGACUCUCAGCGUGCACACCUCCGGCAGUUUCUGCCUCAUUUUCCUGUGGACAGUGCGGAGCAGCAAAACGGGCUCAUCCUCGCCCUGUUCAGCGGGGAGAACUUCCGCUUUGGAAACCCUCUGCACAUCGCCCAGAAGCUUUUCCGAGAUGGACAUUUUAACCCUGAGGUAGUAAAGUAUCGGCAGUUGUGCUUCAAGUCACAGUAUAAGCGAUACCUCAGCUCUCAACAGCAGUAUUUCCAUCGGCUGCUAAAGCAGAUUCUUGCUUCCCGGAGUGAUCUGCUGGAGAUGGCCCGCAGGAGUGGCCCAGCCCUUCCCUUCAGGCAGAAGCGCCCCUCACCCUCCCGCAGCCCCGAGGAGCGGGAGUGGCGGACACAGCAGCGCUACCUGAAGGUCUUGAGGGAAGUGAAGGAGGAGUGUGGUGACACAGCGCUGUCCUCUGAUGAAGAGGCCACGUUGGAUUUACAAGAACAAUUUUCUUUUGAAGAUCUCAGCUCAUGGCUUCCAAGCUCUCCUGCGCGUUCUCCUAGUCCUGCGGUGCCCCUGAGGGUGGUGCCCACGCUUUCCACUACGGAUAUGAAAACUGCAGAUAAAAUAGAACUGGGGGACAGUGACCUGAAGAUAAUGUUAAAGAAGCAUCAUGAGAAGCGGAAACAUCAACCAGAUCACCCGGACCUUUUGACAGGGGACCUGACCCUCAAUGACAUCAUGACUCGAGUAAAUGCUGGCAGGAAGGGCUCUCUAGCAGCCUUAUAUGACCUGGCAGUCCUUAAAAAGAAGGUGAAGGAAAAAGAGGAAAAGAAGAAGAAGAAAAUCAAGCUAAUUAAAUCAGAGGCAGAGGAUCUGGCUGAGCCCCUGAGUAGCACUGAAGGGGUCCCACCUCUCUCUCAAGCCCCAUCUCCACUAGCAAUAUCUUCUAUUAAGGAAGAGCCCCUAGAAGACCUCAAGCCUUGCCUUGGAAUCAAUGAAAUAUCCUCUAGUUUUUUCUCUCUUCUAUUAGAGAUCUUGCUGCUGGAGAAUCAGGCCAGCCUUCCUAUGCUGGAAGAGCGAGUUUUGGACUGGCAGUCAUCGCCAGCCAGCUCUCUCAACAGCUGGUUCUCUGCAGCUCCCAACUGGGCUGAGUUGGUGUUGCCAGCCCUGCAGUAUCUCGCUGGAGAAAGUCGAGCUGUUCCUUCCAGUUUCUCUCCAUUUGUUGAAUUCAAAGAGAAAACCCAGCAGUGGAAAUUGCUUGGUCAGUCCCAAGAUAAUGAAAAGGAAUUAGCUGCACUCUUCCAGCUGUGGCUAGAGACCAAAGACCAGGUCUUUUGUAAACAAGAAAAUGAAGACAGCUCGGAUGCCAUGACACCCGUCCCUCGAGUAAGAACUGACUACGUUGUGCGGCCCAGUACAGGAGAGGAAAAACGAGUUUUUCAGGAGCAGGAGCGAUAUAGGUACAGUCAGCCCCAUAAGGCAUUCACUUUUCGAAUGCAUGGCUUCGAGUCUGUAGUGGGGCCAGUGAAGGGCGUGUUUGACAAGGAGACCUCCCUCAACAAGGCUCGAGAGCAUUCGCUGCUGCGCUCUGAUCGGCCUGCCUAUGUCACCAUCUUGUCUCUUGUUCGGGAUGCUGCUGCUAGGCUACCUAAUGGAGAAGGCACUCGGGCGGAGAUCUGUGAACUCCUCAAAGAUUCCCAGUUCCUUGCAUCAGAUGUCACUAGCACUCAGGUGAACACAGUGGUGAGUGGUGCACUCGAUCGGCUACAUUAUGAAAAAGACCCCUGUGUGAAAUACGACAUUGGGCGGAAGCUGUGGAUCUACCUGCACCGUGACCGCAGUGAGGAAGAGUUCGAGCGUAUUCAUCAAGCUCAAGCAGCUGCAGCUAAAGCCAGAAAAGCCCUUCAGCAGAAACCCAAGCCCCCUUCUAAAGUGAAGUGCAGCAGUAAGGAGAGUUCCACGAAGGCACUCAGCACUGGCCCAUCAGAGCAGAGCCAGAUGAGCCUCAGUGACUCCAGCAUGCCUCCCACCCCUGUCACGCCUGUCACCCCCACCACACCAGCAUUGCCCACCACCCCCAUAUCCCCUCCACCUGUGUCAUCGGUGAGCAAAAGUGGCCCUGCCACUGUCUCAGAACCAGCUAAAUCUAGCUCAGGUGUUCUCCUAGUAUCCUCGCCAACAAUGCCGCAGCUAGGAACAGUGCUUUCUCCAGCUUCCAGCCAGACUCCACCCAGUUCUCAGGCCACUGCAAGAGUUGUAAGCCACUCGGGCUCGAGCGGUCUGCCCCAGGUGCGGGUGGUGGCCCAGCCUGGCCUGCCUGCUGUUCCCCAGCAGUCAGCAGGGCCAGCGCAGACACUGCCACAGAUACCCGCAGGACCACAGAUGCGGGUGCCAGCCACUGCCACACAGACCAAAGUAGUGCCCCAGGCAGUCAUGGCCACUGUUCCAGUCAAGGGACAGACUGCAGUGGCCACUGUGCAGCGGUCGGGACCUGGGCAGGUGGGACUCACCGUGACAAGUCUCCCCGCCACAGCCAGCCCUAUGAGCAAACCAGCCACAAGUUCUCCUGGGAGCACAGCUCCUAGCGCCUCCACAACUGCUGUCAUUCAGAAUGUCGCAGGACAGAACAUCAUCAAGCAGGUGGCAAUCACAGGGCAGCUUGGGGUGAAGCCCCAGACGGGCAGCAGCAUUCCUCUCACAGCCACAAACUUCCAUAUCCAGGGAAAGGACGUACUGCGUCUGCCACCGUCUUCCAUCACCACAGAUGCCAAGGGCCAGACAGUUCUACGAAUCACACCGGACAUGAUGGCCACACUGGCCAAGUCCCAGGUUACCACGGUGAAACUGACACAGGACCUCUUUGGGGCUGGAAGUGGCACAACAGGCAAAGGCAUCUCUGCUACCUUACACGUCACUUCCAACCCCAUUCAUACCGCAGAGAGCCCCGCCAAGACCAACUCAGGCAGUGCUCCUUCCUCCACUCCAGCGGGUACCACCGUGGUCAAAGUGACUCCUGAGCUCAAGCCAACAGAAGCCUCAAGUUCAGCGUUUCGCUUGAUGCCAGCCCUGGGUGUGAGUGUGGCAGAGCAGAAGGGUAAAAACACAGUGGCCUCUUCAGAAGCAAAACCAGCUGCCACCAUCCGCAUCGUGCAGGGCCUGGGAGUCAUGCCCCCCAAAGCAGGCCAGACCAUCACCGUUGCAACCCAUGCCAAGCAAGGAGCCUCAGUGGCUAGUGGGGCUGGACCUGUCCAUUCUUCAACAGUGUCUUUGCCUAGUUUGAAUGCCACCAUGUCCAAGACUGUGGCUGUGGCUUCUGGGGCCACAAGCACUCCCAUCAGCAUCGGGACCGGAGCCCCCGCUGUGCGACAGGUCCCUGUCAGCACCACCGUCGUGUCCACGUCACAGACUGGCAAGCUGCCUACCCGGAUCACAGUUCCACUGUCUGUGAUUAGCCAGCCAAUGAAGGGCAAGAGUGUGGUCACAGCCCCUAUCAUCAAAGGCAACAUUGGAGCCAACCUCAGUGGACUGGGCCGCAAUAUCAUCCUCACAACCAUGCCAGCAGGCACUAAGCUCAUUGCUGGCAACAAGCCGGUUAGUUUCCUCACUGCCCAGCAGUUGCAGCAGCUUCAGCAGCAAGGCCAGGCUACUCAGGUGCGCAUCCAGACAGUUCCCGCCUCCCAUCUCCAGCAAGGUACAGCUUCUGGGUCCUCCAAAGCGGUCUCCACCGUUGUUGUGACCACAGCUCCAUCUCCUAAACAGGCACCGGAACAGCAGUGACUGAAGAAGUGGUAUCCAUGAGAGUCCAGGCCUGAUCUGUCCUAGUGGAAAGGACAGGAGCAAGGAGGUUGCAUAAUUCCUCUGAGCUUGUCUGCGUGUGGCCUCGGUUCCGUUGCCAAACUCGAGCCCUGAGGGUCCUCUCCAGAGUUCCCGGGUCUGCUCUUAAUCAGUCCAGGAAAAGAGCCUGUAGAGACUGUGGAAAGUCAGUGAGGGCAUAGCAGUCAGGGUUCUGUCCUGAGAGUGCGAUGCCCAGGGAAGGCCUACCCGUUGGGAGUGAGCAGGCAGCCUUGUUGUAUGUGAGGGCUGUACUUUUUAGCUUCUUGUCUUCUCUGUGAUUCUUGGUCUCCAUAUGAGUUUUGUGUCCAGAAAUUUUUGUGUAACUUAUUUUUUUAAGGAACCUAUUGUACAUCUUUUAUGAAAUAGAAACUUGGGCUUUAGCCUCCUAAACUGAUGAAUUACUCUUUGACCAGAAUGAGAGACUAGCAAGUUGGUGCCUGACUUGAUAAGAACAUGGUAAUUGAGAAGCCGGCAAACAUAAGAAGUGAGGUAAUGUGGAUUCCUUGAAGUGGAAUUAAUUUGGCACUAAUUCCUAAAAACAGGUGUUGGGAUUUAGAUUGUGUCUACACCUUUACCUGCCAGCAUUGUUCUUCUAUCAGGCUUGUGUACAUGGAAGUCCAGAGCCACUAGACAAGGAACUAUCAAAGACACUACUUUUUCAGCAUAGAUUCUGUCACAUUUCAGAGGGUCCAUUCUGUUCUGUUCGAGAGCAGGAGUCGCACACGAGGCCCUUGAAGUAGGCCACUUGUUUUUGUCAAUAAAGUUGUAUUGGAACACCA